AGACAAAGUAUAUCUUAAAUAAGAUUUUUUUUUCCUCUCUCGUGACUGCUGCCCAUUGUUCAAACAAGGAAGGCUGACUCAAAAAAAUAAUAAAAAAAUUCGAAGCUCCAUUUUUCUCUUGAAAACUCAAAUUCGUAAAUACAAUUAUUUACCUCAGUUUGAUUUUGCUUGAUUUGCAUUUGAAUCCAUAGACACAGAUCGAGUAUUGAUCUCUCAUGGCUGAUCGUGGAUCAUACGGUCUAGGUCCUCGAUUAGAUAUCCAGCAAUUGUUUUUAGAAGCACAGCAUCGAUGGUUGCGGCCUGCUGAGAUUUGUGAAAUUCUCCGUAAUUAUCAAAAGUUCCAUAUUUCUUCGGAGCCGCCAAGCAGACCACCAAGUGGAUCUCUUUUUCUUUUUGAUCGGAAGGUUUUGAGGUACUUCAGAAAGGAUGGACAUAAUUGGAGGAAAAAAAAGGAUGGAAAGACUGUAAAGGAAGCUCACGAGAAGUUGAAGGUUGGAAGUGUUGACGUAUUACAUUGCUAUUAUGCCCACGGAGAAGAGAAUGAGAGCUUUCAAAGGCGCAGUUACUGGAUGCUUGAACAGGAGCUGAUGCAUAUAGUUUUUGUCCACUACUUGGAAGUCAAGGGUAACAGGACAAAUAGCAGUCCUUCAAACAGCCUAGUUGCAAGUAGUUACAAAGAGCCUUCAGGAAAUACAGACUCUACAAGCCCAACUAGCACUCUUACCUCAUUUUGUGAAGAUGCUGAUUCAGCUGAUAGUCAGCAAGCCAAUUUUGGCCAUCACCCGUGUCUCGAGUCACCGCAGAUGCAGAGUGGUGUUAUAACGGGCAAAAUAAAUACUGACAUGUCAAGUUCUCAGUUUCUGCAUCCUGGUUCAGGUCCAGUUUCAUAUGUUCAUGGAGAUAGGCCUGGAAAUAAUGGUACUGGCAUUACUGAGGCUCAAAGCUUGGCAUCCUGGGAAGAGGUCUUUGAACAAUGUACGAGGGGAGAAAAGAUUGCACCUUCUCAUUUAUCAACAACUUCCAAUCAGUAUGAUGCUAAUGGAAUCGGAAGGAAUACAGUCCUUGAUGACUUUUUUGCUGUUGGCAGUUCUCAUAAAGAUGAGUAUGGCGGUGUGCAAAUGGAAUCACAUUGGCAGAUCCCUUUCCAAAACAGUUCCUUGCGCACACCGGAUGGUUCCAUUGGCCAAACAUUAGAUGCAGAGCUGGGAUAUGAUUUGGAUUCCAGGUUCUUUGAUCAAAGAACUAAUAACAUUGAUUUUCCAACUGCAUUUGAGGAUUUUUUCUCUGGUCCCUUACAGCACAACGAGGAGGUUGUCCAUAACAACCAUCAAAUUCUUGAUGCAAAUGCAGAACUUCUGAUGCAGACAAAAGCUAACAAUGACAUCUCUGUAGACGAAAAUAACAAGUAUUCUUUUAUUCUGAAGCAACCAUUAUUGGAAGGUGAGGAAGGAUUGAAGAAAGUUGACAGCUUUUCUCGUUGGGUUACGAGAGAACUUGGAGAAGUGGAUGAUUUGCAUAUGAAGUCUUCGUCUGGUCUUUCAUGGAGCACUGUGGAUUGUGGUAAUGUGGCUGAUGAUUCUUCAUUGAGCCCCUCGCUUUCACAAGAUCAGCUUUUUAGCAUAAUAGACUUUUCACCAAAGUGGGCAUAUGCAGACUCAAAAACAGAGGUUCACAUCAUUGGCACAUUUUUGAAGAGUCAGCAUGAGGUGAUAAAAUAUAAUUGGUCUUGCAUGUUUGGGGAACUUGAGGUUCCUGCUGAGGUUUUGGCAGAUGGGAUACUUUGCUGCUAUGCUCCAGCCCAUAGUGUUGCAAGAGUUCCUUUUUAUGUUACAUGUUCCAACAGGUUUGCUUGUAGUGAAGUGCGGGAAUUUGAUUAUCAGGUAGGUUCUCCUCAAGAUCAUGUCUCAGAUGUUUAUCAAAGUGGUGCGGAUGACAUUUAUCUUCAUUCACGAUUAGAAGAUUUACUGUCUCUGAGAUCUUCCAGUCCUUCUAGCUGCCUCUUUGAUGGCGCUAGAGAGAAACAUAAGUUGGUUGAAAAACUCAUUUUAUUGAAAGAGGAAGAUGAAGGUUGUCGAUUGGCGGAUUCUACCUCAGAGAAUUAUUUGUCCCAAGAUGAAAUUCGGAAGAAGUUUUUGCAGAAGGGAAUGCAAAAGAAAUUGUAUUCAUGGCUACUCCAUACAGUAGCUGAAAGUGGUAAAGGGCCAAGCAUGCUGGAUGAUGAUGGGCAAGGUGUGCUUCACUUAGCAGCUGCACUCGGUUAUGACUGGGCUUUAAAACCAACCACAACUGCUGGAGUCAGUAUUAAUUUCCGCGAUGUGAAUGGAUGGACUGCUCUUCAUUGGGCUGCAUUUUAUGGAAGAGAGCAGACGGUUGCUGCCCUUGUUUCGUUGGGUGCCGAUACUCGGGUAUUGACAGAUCCAUCCCCAGAAUUUCCUUUGGGGAGAACUCCAGCAGACAUUGCAUCAGGCAAUGGACACAAAGGAAUCUCUGGUUUCCUUGCAGAGUCCUCUUUGACCAGCUACCUACAUUUGCUUACACUGAUUGAUUCAAAGGAAGGUGGUGCUUCAGAAGUUAUAGGAAUGACAGCUGUGCAAACAAUUUCAGAACGGACGGCAACUCCUGUGAAUGGUGGUGACGUGCCAAAUAUGCUAUUGCUGAAGGAUUCACUUACUGCUGUUCGGAAUGCUACACAAGCUGCUAAUCGUAUACAUCAAGUAUUCAGAAUGCAAUCAUUCCAAAGGAAACAGUUAACUGAGUAUGGAGAUGAUGAAAUCAACAUGUUGGAUGAACAAGCUCUUGCACUUCUAGCUUCCAAGACACGUAAGCAUGUACAUUCUGAUAGAGUAGUCAAUGCUGCAGCAGUACAGAUCCAAAAGAAGUAUCGUGGCUGGAAGAAGAGAAAAGAGUUCUUGAUAAUCCGGCAAAGAAUUGUAAAGAUACAGGCCCAUAUAAGGGGCCACCAGGUAAGGAAACAGUAUAGGACAAUCAUCUGGUCAGUUGGGAUUCUGGAGAAGGUUAUUUUGCGUUGGAGACGUAAAGGAAGUGGUCUACGGGGAUUCCGCCGGGAUGCACCAAUAGUUCCUAGGGAAUCCAUUGUGCAACUUAAGGACCCGAAAGAGGAUGACUAUGAUUUUCUAAAAGAAGGAAGGAAACAAAAUGAGCAGAGGCAGGAAAAGGCACUUACAAGGGUAAAAUCCAUGUAUCAUUGUGUAGAAGGACAAGCUCAAUAUAGAAGGCUGCUCACUUAUUUUGAGAAGUUCCGGCAAACUAGGGAAAGUGAGAUGUUGCUGAGCAGCCCGAAUGAGAUGGCUUAUGGAGAAGAUCUGAUUGAUAUUGAUUCGCUUUUGGAUGAUGACACUUUCAUGUCAAUAGCAUUCGAGUAAAGUUCAGCUUUACUGAUUUCCCUCACCCGUAGAUAGAUGAAUGCCCUAACUUUUAUGCCUCUAUAUGUAAAUAGCUAACUGAUUGUAGUCCUACCUCUUGAUAAUAUUUAAACAGGACUUGCAUAUAUAGUCUUGACUAGAAGCUUAACUUCCCAAGGUUUAAUGCUUGCUUUUGAAUAUAUUUAAUUUCUUGGUUGUAAUACAAUUUAAGUGUGUUGUGCUAUAGCAUUUGAGAUCAUUUUGAUAAA